GUGGGCUAUCGUCCCGUUUACUGUCAAUUUGUGCAAGGUUCUCAAAGCCCUGUAUGCUGUACGUCAUAUCAGCUCCAGUUCAACAUCAGGCGACAUUUGUCCUGCACACUGUAACACAACUGUUGUCAAUUGAUGGUCACGAUGAGACGCACUGACGAUGCGAUUGUGUGGAUAACAUAGAACCGAUAACAUCUCCAGCAGCUGGUGCUGCCGUGCCGGCGUUGGCGCCAGUCAGAGGCAGAGGACCCGACCAUCUGAGGCAGAGGCAGAGGGGGGGUAGUCAGCUAAGCUGCUUACAGCCCGGCCAGCAGGCCCACGGUUGAACUGAUGCGAAGAAUGGACGGCUUCAUCACCGCAGCGAAAUAUGGCGUGUGAGAAGAAGCGUUGUUCGGUACUGCUGGCGUCGACAUAACUGGAUCAGACCACCUGAAGGAAUGUUCACCCUUACAGAAGUAGCCUCCCUGAACGACAUCCAACCGACUUAUCGAAUACUGAAACCAUGGUGGGAUGUCUUCAUGGAUUAUCUUGGUAUUGUUAUGCUGAUGUUGGCCAUAUUUUCUGGAACCAUGCAGUUAACCAAAGACCAAGUGGUUUGUCUUCCCAUUCUGGAACAAACUCCAGAGGGGACUGGGGGUUUCUUGGGCCCCCAACCAUCAGAGACUGCUGAUGGUUUGUGGAACAAAGAAAGUGCCAUUGGGGAGCAAGCUGCUCCUCUAAUGGCUAAAAGGCCUCCUGAUACCAUUGCACCUACAGUUCAUUUCACACAGCCAGCUACAUAUGGCCAGCCCCAGCCUACAGGUGUCAGAACCAAGCUGGAUUUUCAGCAGUAUGUUUUUGUCAACCAGAUGUGCUACCAUGUUGCCCUUCCUUGGUAUUCCAAAUAUUUCCCAUACCUUGCUCUAAUCCACACUAUUGUAUUAAUGGUCAGUAGCAACUUCUGGUUCAAAUAUCCAAAGACAAGUUCCAAAAUAGAGCAUUUUGUUUCCAUACUUGGAAAAUGCUUUGAAUCACCUUGGACUACUAAAGCACUGUCUGAGACUGCUUGUGAGGACUCUGAGGAGAACAAGCAGAGACUGGCUGGUGCCUCCUCCCUCCUGAAACAUCUGUCAACAAGCAGCGAGGAGGGGAGUCCAAACCAGUCUGCCCCUGUGCUGACAAAAUCUGGGGUCACAUUUUCUGCUGAAAAACUUGUGAGUGAGAUUCCUUCUAUGACCAUACUGGACAAGAAAGAUGGUGAGCAAGCAAAGGCCUUGUUCGAAAAAGUACGGAAAUUCCGUGCCCAUGUGGAAGACAGUGACUUGAUUUACAGGCUGUAUGCCAUUCAGACAGUCAUCAAAACAGUCAAAUUCAUUUUGAUCCUUUGCUACACAAUGACAUUUGUUGCUUCUAUAGAUUUUGACCAUGUGUGUGAGCCUGAAAUAAAACAUUUGACUGGAUAUGCUAAGUUCCAUUGUACGCAUAACAUGGCUUUCAUGUUAAAGAAGCUCCUUGUGAGUUAUAUUGCACUCAUAUGUGUUUAUGGUAUUAUCUGUAUAUACACAUUGUUCUGGCUUUUUCGGCGACCACUGAAGGAGUAUUCCUUUGAAAAAGUCAGAGAAGAGAGCAGCUUUAGUGACAUUCCUGAUGUCAAGAAUGACUUUGCGUUCCUCCUCCACAUGGUUGAUCAGUACGACCAGCUGUAUUCAAAGCGUUUUGGGGUUUUUCUUUCAGAGGUGAGUGAAAACAAACUUCGAGAGAUCAGCCUGAACCAUGAGUGGACCUUUGAGAAGUUGCGGCAGCAUGUAACACGCAAUUCUCAAGAAAAACUGGAGCUUCAUCUCUUUAUGUUAUCUGGAGUUCCGGAUGCUGUAUUCGAUCUCACUGAUUUGGAAAUCCUCAAACUGGAAUUAAUCCCAGAAGCCAGAAUAACUGCUAAGAUCUCACAAAUGAUAAACCUCCAGGAACUGCACUUCUAUCACUGUCCGGCCAAAGUUGAGCAGACUGCUUUCAUUUUUCUUCGUGAUCACCUCCGGUGCCUUCAUGUCAAAUUCACAGAUGUUGCUGAGAUUCCUAGCUGGGUAUAUUUGUUGAAAAGUUUAAGGGAAUUGUACUUGGUUGGUAACCUGAACUCUGAAAACAAUAAAAUGAUUGGACUUGAGUCUCUUCGAGACCUCAGGCACUUAAAGAUUCUGCAUCUCAAGAGCAACCUCACAAAAGUUCCAACAAAUAUAACAGAUCUGUCCCCACAUCUGAUCAAGUUGGUCAUUCAUAAUGAUGGUACCAAGCUCUUAGUGCUGAAUAGUUUGAAGAAAAUGAUGAAUCUAGCAGAGUUGGAGCUUCAUAAUUGUGAGCUGGAGCGAAUCCCCCAUGCUAUCUUCAGUUUGAACAACCUUCAGGAACUUGAUCUAAAAUCCAACAACAUUCGCACGAUUGAGGAGAUUAUCAGUUUUCAGCACCUCAAGAGACUGACAUGCCUCAAACUUUGGCACAACAAGAUAAUCACAAUUCCACUGUCAAUUAGCCAUGUUAAGAACCUUGAGUUACUCUAUCUCUCGCACAACAAGCUUGAGUCUCUACCAUCCUCAUUAUUCACCCUCCUCAAGUUGAGGUACCUUGAUGUCAGCCAUAAUUCCAUAGUGGUAAUACCACUGGAGGUCGGCUUUCUGCAAAACCUCCAACAUUUUGCUAUUACAGGCAACAAAGUGGAAGUAGUCCCCAAGCAGCUAUUCAAGUGCACGAAACUGAGGACCUUAUGUCUCGGCCAUAACUGUAUCUCUUCCAUUCCUGAGAAAAUUGGCCAACUCUCACAGCUGGCACAUCUGGAACUAAAGGGAAACUGUCUGGAUCGUUUGCCAGCUCAACUUGGUCAGUGCUGCCUCCUCCGCAGGAGCUGCCUGAUUGUGGAGGAUCACCUCUUUGACUCACUCCCCAUGGAGGUCAAAGAGAGCAUCAAUCAGGAAUCUAGUGUUUCUUUUACAAAUGGGUGCAAGUGUCUAAGUGAUGGGCGGUAGUCACAUCCUACAUGGCCUCAAUGGGCAGGCAUUUCAUCUUGGUCUCUUUAAUCAUGCUGUUGGAAAAAGUAGUUCAGGGUACAGUAUUGGUACACUUCAUGAUGUUUUUGCACCUUACAAAGUGAACAUACCACAGCACAUACAAGGUCAGUACCUCUGGAAAAUUUUAGAUGAACAGUAGAAAUGAUCAUGGCUUGUGUCAUGUCUAAAUGCCUAUUUUCAUUUCAGUGUAGGUGCACAAUAGCAGUUAAAUCAUUCAGCUUAUAUUUUUUACCUUUUGUAUACAAAAUAUAUUAUAGGAUCUACAAAAAUUUGUAUAAUUUCCCUCUUUUUAAAUCUGUGAUUUCAUUAGGUUUUCUUCAGCUUAAUUAGAUACACUUGACUGACCGCAACUUAAAGGGUUGGUUUAGUCAAAUAACAAAAAAGUAGCAAUGGAGCUAACUCUAAUUUUAUUGGCUCAACAAUGAAAUAAUAUAUUUGGAGAAAAAAAACAAAUCAUUGGCAACAAUUCUUUCCAGAAACACUGCCCCAGUUACCCUGGAUAAGACCUCAUUGUUUGCAGCUUUUAUUACAGCUACUUGACAUAGCAGAAAUAUUGUAUUAUGACAGUGAGGUCUGUGGAUUAUCCAGAGCAACAUGGAUACUGUUCACAGAAAGAAACUCUGCUGUUAAAUUUUUCAAUGUUGUGAGCACCUCAAACAGAAUUACAUUCACCUCUAUUGCUUUGGGGUAGAGGAUGAAGUCCCAGAGACAGAUAUCUCAGAACUUGGACAAAUAAAUACAAAACUACCUGCAUGGCCACAUUCCACUAGAGAUGUUUGAGAACAUAUAUUUUUUCUGUAAUUUGUAAUAUAAAAAGUGUUUAGUCCAUUGGUUCUCAACUGGUCUUGCUUCGAGAUAGAUAGAUAGACUUCAGAUCACACAUAGACCAACUGAACACCUAUUCAUUAUAUUUCCAUCCAUCCAGUCUGCUAUGAGCAGCAGAGAGACCACUACAGUCACCAGACUUUGUCCAAGAGUGAGCAGUACGACCACCAGUUGGGAACCACUGGUAUACAGUAGGUGUAAUCUAGUAUUAUUACAACCUUAUGCAUUCCAAUUUGAAUACACUUGUAAUACAUUUUCAUGUGACGCAUUAAAAUGAUGAAGGUUCCCAUCUGAUCCCUCUCUCUACUACUUCCUGAAAAGUUGUCAAUCAUGCCAUUACUUUUGAUACAAUUGAUUUUUUUUUUUUUUAAGGAGUAGACAGUAAAUUAUUUUCUUUUGUGUGCACAGCCAACAUCAUUAAUUUUAGUUUUCUCUCAUGUUUAAUUAUGUUUAAUUCUUGUAAACAAUAUGUUUAUGUAUGUUAUGUGUUCUUUGUAUGUAUUUAUUAUCUCUCUAUCUUAUUUGUUCUUGUUCUUCUUUUGUAAACCUGGUUUUAAAAUGUGCUAUAUAAAUAAAGGAGUUACUAUUAUA